AAGCUCGCUAUGAAGACAGUCGUGUUGCAUCUGUUGGUGAAGCAGCAACCAUCCGCUAGUCGUGCAGCAGCUGCUGAAGCAGCAGUUGUCUGUCCGUCCCUCUAAAGAGGAAUUUUCAGCUAAACCACCAACCAUAUCAGUCCAACAUGGCUUGGAGCAUGAAUCUGAGAAGAAUCGUCUGGGUGGUGGUGAUGGUCAUAACAUACACUGCCGCUACCCCCUUAACACCCUCUUCAUCAUCACCACCACCACCUCCAACGUCGCCAGGAGCACCGCCGACAGCGUCGUCACCAACACCAUCAGCUUCGCCAGGAACACCGCCGCCAGUACCACCUCAUAUUAUCUUCAUGGUUGCCGACGACCUUGGUUGGAACGACGUGUCGUGGCACAACCCCCAGGUGUUGACGCCACACCUGGAGUCCCUUGCCCGAGGUGGUAUCAUAUUGGAGCAGUCCUACGUCCAGCCUGUCUGCACCCCCACCCGCUCCGCUCUCCUCUCCGGUCGCUACCCCUUCACUAUCGGUAGGCAGCACAGCGUCCUGCAGCCUGCAGAACCCGUGGGUCUUGACCUGCAGUUGAAGCUCCUCCCGCAGGCGCUGAAGGAUGUUGGUUACCAAACUCACGCCGUCGGCAAAUGGCAUCUUGGGUUCUGCUCAUGGGACUACACCCCCACCAUGAGGGGUUUCGACACCUUCUAUGGCUACUACACCGGUUCCGAGCACUACUACACUCACUAUCGCUCUCAUGUCUUUGACUCUAAAAUGAACUCCUGUAAUGAUUCUGAUGUGGACUACUGCAGCGACUUGGACGACGCUCCCGGAGGUAAGGAAGGACAUAACUGGCUGGACUUGAGGAACAACACAACCCCGGACAGUAGCCAGGAUGGUGUCUACUCUACGUAUAUGUUCGCGUCAUACAUUGAGGAUCUACUGAGGACCAGAAACCCUGAGGAUCCCAUGUUCCUGUACGUGCCUUUCCAGAGUGUGCACGCCCCUCUCAUGGUACCUGAGAAGUACACAGAACCCUAUGUCUACAUCAAUGACGCCGACCGACGCACCUACCUGGAACGGUGGACCGCCCAAAUCCACGGUGCCAACAACUGCCUCUUCGGGGACAAAAGGGCUAACCUGGGGGAAGGUGGCACCCGGGGUGUGGCCUUCAUACACUCACCGAUCCUCCCCAACCCCGGCACCAUCAGUCACCAGCUGGUGCACGUCACUGACUGGUACAAGACGCUGGUGGGCCUGGCCAAGGGUGAGGCUCCGGAGGACAUUGACGGUGUGGAUCAAUGGUCCUCCUUCGUGGACUCGGCUCCCCCGCCCAGGACACACAUGAUAUACAACAUAGACAACACUACACAAUUUAAAGCUGCCGUCAGGAUUGGCAAGUACAAGCUUCUGGUAGGAUUCCCUGGCAAAGGAGAAUGGACACCCCCUCCAGAACUCAGACUUAACACUGUUGACGCCCCUCUGGGCCAACCAAAUGAGUCUCCGCCAUCGAGACAUCCUGGCCAGGGUCCUGUACUACCUCAGGUUUUACUUCCAACUGAGACAGAGGAUCCUAAAGAUGGUCAGUUGGAGAAAGAUUAUGAUGUAUUAAGUUCCUCUGAUAGUGUCAGGCGGAAAGGUGUUAAAUCAUCUCUAGAGGACCGAGCAUUAAAUUACCAUCAAGCCAACAGCUCCAGUAAAAUCAGGAAAUCCAGCCACAGGCACUUGAUCUCUACGAAGAGAAUGGAUGCGGGCCCAUUCGUGUUUAUAUCCACCGUUCCAAAGUCUCGUGCCAGCAAUUCAUUAUCUAUAGACAUUGACGCCGAUAUUGACGCAGCAGACAUACUUUCACUGCAAGAUAAUAAAGGCAAACACAUCGAGAGUGCACAAAGUAAUGGAAGGGACACUAAAGACGCUAGAGAAGGCGAAAGAGAUGUUAAAAGAAAAACUAUAAGCGAUAACGUAUGGACGCAAGAGUUGGACGUUGCCAUACAGGAGUUGUUGCUGCAAGUUACUAAAAAGAACGACACAGAGAUUAGACUCUACAAUGUUGAGGAGGACCCGGAGGAACGAGUAGACCUCGUGUCGGUGCACAUGGAGGUUGUGGAGGAGCUUCUUCAGUACCUCUUGGAGGAGUUACCACGGUACGUGCCUGCACACAUCCUACCUGAGGUGCCCGAAGCCAAUCCUGAUAACUUCGACGGUGUCUGGUCUCCAGGAUGGUGCUAGUUCCUCUAGGAUGGUGUUAUUGCCUCUAGAAUGGUGCUGUUGCCUCUAGGAUGGUGCUGUUGCCUCUAGGAUGGUGCUGUUGCCUCUAGGAUGGUGCUAUUUCCUCUAGGAUGGUGCUAGUACCACCGUGAUGGUGCUAGUGCCUCCAGGAUGGUGCUAAUACCUCUGAGAAGUUGUUAGUGGCUCCAGACUAGCGCAGUUACCUCUGCAAAAUCUCUCAGUAACCCCAGGGUGAGACUAGUGCCUGCAGAAUAGUUCUAGUAGCUCCAGAAUGUUGCUAGUAGACCUCGGGUCUGGCUUCUCUGUAUUUCUAAAACUUGUUUGGUAUAAUUUUAAAAUCUUAAUUGUGCGUUGUGUUUUACUGGCUAAAAAUAAAAAAUUUAUUCUG